AUGGAGAACCAAGUAAAACACGCUACGGUUGAAGAAACUGACUUCUUGAACAACCUCCUCUCGGGUCUCGACGGUGCAGAGCCGGUCGAAGCCAAGCAAGUGGCACGCUCGACUGGGUCACCAACGAACGCGAGGAGGCAUGCCAAUACCGAGAAUGUGGAUUCCUCGAAAGGAAUUUUGGAUGCAGACAUGCUCAUGCUAUUGGACGGUGCUGAGACCUGGGAUUGGACGGACAUGGAAGCGGAUUUCAUAACGCCGAAGAAACACAAAUCGAGAUGCACUCGGUGCGUCGUUCGGUCAAUAGAGGGCGACUCGAAAUUUGAUUUGCACAAGGUUUUAUUGGUCAAAAGCCAGCCGCAGGAUAACUCUUAUACCAUCAUUUUGCGUGAUGACUGGGCGGAGCUAGACAUAAGAGAAGGGGACAUCGUAAAUGUUUUGGGGAACUUCGACUCCAAUGGUUUCAUUGUGAUUUCAUCGAAGGAGAAUCUCCUCAUUCACCAUCCUGAUUUCUUGCUGACGGCAACUGCGUUGUCCAAUGCUCCCCAGUGUAAACGAAAGCCUCUGCUGUCCGCUCUUGUUCACUCGAGCUCGGACGUGACUCCAUCGCUAGUCUGGGGGAAUAUCCUACACGAAGUCAUGCAAACAUGUCUGUUAGCUAAUCGAUGGGACAAGGCGUAUAUCGACGACCUCAUUGAGGAUGCUAUCUCACGGAAUCUCUCCGAACUUGUGAAGAUUGGUGUUACUAUCGAGGAAGCAAUACGGGAGGUGACACUCCGUUCAAAGGGACUUCGUAUGUUCUCCAAGCGGUAUAUUGCUGAAGAGCCAAAACCCGAUGCGGUCUUGACGAAUACCCGAGAAACCGUGAAUCAGAGUUCGCGUUUGGCCAUUAACGAAAUACUCGAUGUGGAAGAAGAUAUUUGGUCUCCGAAAUAUGGUCUCAAAGGUAAACUUGAUGCCAGCAUACAGGCCGUUAUCGCAGAAAUCACUACUGAGAAGCACGCCAAGAAAGCUCCUGUCCUUUCAUCUCACCCGAUGCCUUUAGAGAUUAAAACCGGGCGGUCUAUUGCGGGAAUGGAACAUCGAGCCCAAACAAUGCUUUAUACUCUUCUUUCGGAAGAGCGUUAUGGCGUGGAAGUACCCAGUGGGCUUUUGUAUUACACUCAGAGUGAAGAAGUCGUGAGAGUACCCCGAGGAAGGAACGAGCUCAGAGCACUGAUCAUCGCAAGGAAUGAAAUGGCUGGGUACAUGACGCGGCGAGCGAAACAGAGCAAAGUGCAGGAAGCAUUUUUACCUCCGACGCUCGACGACGAACGUAUAUGUAAGAAGUGCUACGCCUUGGAUACCUGCAUGCUGUAUCGUAAGGCGGUGGAAAAUGUAGAAGAUGACUCGUCCCCAAUUGUAGGGAUAUACGAACUCAAGACAUCACACUUGACACCUUCCCAGGCGGAAUUCUUCAAACAGUGGGAAGCUCUUAUUACUCUUGAAGAACAGGAUGCUGUCCGUUUCAAGAAAGAGCUAUGGACCAUGAAUGCACAGGAACGUGAAGAGAAAGGGAGAUGCUUUGGUUCCAUGGUUAUUGAUCCUUCCUACGUUCCCCUACAAACAGGCAGCACCGGUAAGAUCCAUCGCCACACCUAUCGUUUCGUACGGGCGCGAGACGGUCUGGUGGCUGAAGAUUAUCCAUCGCUGCUUAACGGACACAUGACGUUUGGUGACGCUAUUUCGGUCUCUGUUGAACCUGAACUUCUGGCUUUGGCACGCGGAUUUAUCCUCCGCCUCUCUCCAACCGAAAUUGUCGUUGGGGUUGACCACGAACUGUCCAUCAUGAAAAUCACUUCACGCUUACGAGCUCUGCGCAAGACCAAGGGCCGAAUCACACCUCUGUUCCGAAUAGACAAAGAUGAACUCGUAUCUGGAUUGGGUCGCAUUAGAGAUAAUCUUGCACAUCUUUUUUACGCUGAGGGCGAUUCAAAACGUCUUGAGCUCGUCGUAGAUCUGCGAACUCCGACCUUUGGUGACGAACAGACCACACUAGACACCUUACGGGACGUGCCCGAGUACGUGGAGGCUACUGGUUACUUAAACCCGAGCCAGCUUGGGGCGAUGGCGCGCGUCCUGAGUGCUCACGACUAUGCACUGAUUCUCGGGAUGCCUGGGACGGGCAAGACCACCGUGAUUGCAGCAUUGAUUCGGACGUUUGUUGGGAUGGGAAAGACGGUUUUGCUUACGUCUUACACGCAUUCCGCGGUAGACACUAUCUUGCUGAAGCUUAAGGACGACGAUUUUGGAAUACUUCGGCUGGGCAAUCCAGACAAGGUGACAUCCUCGGAAAUUUCCUUGUCACUAUCGACUAAGCACAAAUUCACGCUUUCGGCGCGCGAGACCGCCACGACAAUUGAGCAGUUGGAGAACCAGAUCAUGUCACCUCCGGUUCGCAAUCCCGCAGCAAAGAAGGCAGGCCUAGAGGUUUCACUCUUUAGGCGGCUCUCAGAGGCACAUCCCCAAGCUGUCACGGACUUAACCUACCAGUAUCGCAUGAACGAGGAUAUCAUGCAGCUCUCUAAUAAAUUAAUAUACAGUAAUCGUCUUCGUUGCGGAUCCGAAGCCGUCGCCAACCGAAGUCUUGUUCUCCCCAACCGGACCUUCAUCGAUAAUUUGCGCGAGUCAGGCAAUUGCUUGUGUUCGGAUGGGGCAUGUUGGCUUAAGCACCUCCUAGAUGAGAAGUGCAAAGCGAUCUUUGUUGACACAGAUCAAGUACCCGCGUUCGAUUCCCGAGUUGGGGAUUUGGUCCAGAAUGAGGUAGAGGGCAAGCUGGUAUACCAAAUUGCAGAGGCUCUCCUGCAGUGCGGAGUCUCGCAGCGACAAAUUGGCAUUAUGUCACUUUACCACCAGCAAAAUAAGCUCUUAUCCCACCUGCUGCAGGGUAAGAACGACAUUGAAAUCCUUACCGCCGACAAGAGCCAAGGCCGGGACAAGGACUGUAUUAUUAUAUCGAUGGUGAAGUCGAAUGAGACUGGUCAGGUUGGCGAUCUACUGAAGGACUGGCGAAGGGUCAAUGUUUCGUUCACACGUGCCCAGUCAAAGCUCAUCAUCAUCGGAUCCCGAAGGACUCUUGGAACUACAAAACUCCUUGCAGACUUUUUGGCGCUGAUGGACGAGCGGAAGUGGGUGCUUACGCUGCAAGAAGACGCGCAGAACUUGCAUCCUUCCUUGCAACCACUUCGGAAACUGUCGCUAUCCUGCAGCACCAAACGAGUUGGGGAGAACGAAGACAUCAUGAUUGAAAACCUUACAGUACCGAAGAAGCCAAGGACCACGGUUGCGCGAGAUGGUAUAUUGAAUGGUCGACCCAUCUUGAAAGAUGUAUUGAAUAGCGAUUAA